UUUCUUACCAGUGACACAUGACAACUUAUAUAUGAUCAUAAACGGUUAUUUAACUUUACAUGGAGUUUGAAUACUUAAGGCUGAAAAAACUGGAACAGUAAAAUGGGCACUAGAUUAAGUAAUCCUUGUGAAAAGACUACCCUAUACUGGUUAGAUAAAAUAGACGAUAACUUCUCCACUGACAUCCAUAAAACACUAACCGAAAAAAUUCAAAAAACGUUUCAACAAUAUACAAUUAAAAGAAUCGACAACAUUGCUUUAGUCACAGAGAAACAAGCAAGCAUCAUAAUCAUAUGCAGGAUAACGACAUGUCGCCUGGAACAUAUGCUCGAUUCUUACUUAGAAAAUGUUGAAGAAAGUAUAUUUGAGAAAGUCCUAGUAAUCAUUGUUCACGACAACAGUCCACAUUUGUCUUCAAAACUUAAAUUAGGUGACUCUGGACGUUACAAAAAGCUAGAAAAUGUUAUCGACGUAAGUUACAAAAAUGUCAAGCUGUUUGAAAGCCUUAGGGGAAAGAAGAAUGUGAACAUAAUAUUUGGAGAAGAAUUAUUUCACAACUUCCUUAGAGACAGUAACGAUCUUAAAAGCCUAUCACGGGAGGAGACAAAAUCUAAUAUGAAUAAAACAGCGAAUAACCCAGAAAAAGACGAAAUCACCAAAAAUCUUGAAAAUAAAAAUGAGAGUGAUGACGAUGAGACACAUUCCAAAUCAGGUAGUGCAAUAAAAUGCGAGAAUAGUCAAAUCAUGUGUAGAAUUAUUUAAAAGAUUCUUUAAUUGAGUUUCGAUGAUAUUUGAGACAUUUCCCAAAAAUAAUGGUAAAAAAUCUUUAAUUGAAUUUCAACGAUAUUUGAAAGUCUCGAAAUAACCAGACACUUCCAGGAGUGACAAUUAACUUUAGAUACUUUCAAUGGCAACUCUACUACACAUUCGUAUUAAGUAGUUAUAUAAUUUGUCAGUUAUUGGCCCUUUUUAAUAUAUAUUUCAGCAUAAAAACUGCGCUCAUUGGUAUACAUUAAAAGGAAGAAAACUUGCAAUAAUAAGAGGUUAAUACAGGGCAGAAGAGAGCCGGAAGGUGAUAAUCGGCCUUCAAAAUGAAUGGACAUAAUGGGCAUUAUUUAGUCAGGGUUGAUUAUCACCUUUCGGCACUCUUCUGCCAUGUAUUACAAUCUUUGAUACACUUGGCCGUGCAUUAACGUCUUUAAUGGCAGUUAAAACUUGGGAUGAUUAUCUAUGAUUUCAAGUGAUUAUUAACGUAUCAAGUAUGUUGAGAUUCUUAGUAAAAAAGUAAGCACAUGAUGAUAAUAAAUAUUGGUACUUAACAGUCAAUAUCCGUUAUAAUCUUUGACGUAACUUCAUUUUGGUAGGAAUUAUAUAGAAAUAUAAACUUUAAAAAGAAAGAACACAUAAUAACAAAAAGACAUUUAUAUAGUGGUAUUUUUAUUAUGAUAAUUUUUAUUCAUAUCAUUUUUAUUACUUACGUUAAUUGUAACAUGAUAAUACACUUGUAUGUAUAAAAGUAUUAUUAUUUCAUAUUUAGUGUGAUUGAACUUUUAAAUGUGCAACCAUUAAAUAAUGGCAUUGGGUUUAUUCUUAACGACCCCCCUGGGCUUUGAGCAAGUAAAUGGCAUGCUGCAAUGGAUUGUUUUGUACUUCUUUAUACGAAAUGAAUAAAUUGUAUGUAAGGUGUGUUAAUUUUCUUGGAAACUUAUAUUAUUUUAAACUAAUAUUUCAUCCAAACCGUCAUUCAUUUCAGUGUCUAUUCUUGACUUUGGAUGGAUUACAGAUGUCUGAACGGGCUGAAAUUGCCAAUUUUGUUAAAGGUCUCCGGCCGGUGACCCUCCGGUGUCAAGUGACCGGUGGGGCACCGUACGGGUAAUCGGAGAAUUUUGAUGCAGAGUUAUUUUCUUCCGGCAUCCGGUACAUCGCCAGCGCAACGUAACAGACACGGUAAAAUACCAUCCGAUACCCGGCCGGACAUCUUUUGUUAUCGGUUACAUACCGGUUAGAAUUUUUACUUCCCGGACGCCAAAUAUUCCUCCAGUUUUCCGAGCAGUAUCUGAGCGGUCACCGAAGGCGUCUCGGCAGGUAACUGACCUGGAUGGACGCAGUACGUCGCAUGUAUGAUCCUAAAAUUUCCGAAAGGAUAGCGUUGGGGUUAUUAAACAGACCUUAAGGCAGGUAAAGCCUUUGACCCGUGUUCAAUUCUCGGACGACGGUGGAGGUUCAUUUUCGUUGUACAGAUGUUAUCAGUACCUUGCGAAAGUGAAAGAGAUUAUUACUGUUUAACUGCUUGACAGACUGUCCAGGAACGAUGCGGUGGCUGAACUGUACUCUGGUAUGUAUAUUCAAGUUGGCUUAAAGCCAACGUCCUAAGGAUAAAUCAUAAAUAACACAAUCAUUCUUCAUUACCCAGCGUGCAGAGCUGAAUCGGUUAAAUCGCUAGCCUUGUAAUCUGUACAUUGUGGGUUCGAUUUCCGGGAUGACCAACUUAAAUUACUAGUAAUCUUUCAGACGAGACAUUUAAGCGAGGUCCCCUGUAUGAGUGCUUAAACACUUGGAUAGGUAAAAAAGGAGAAGAUUGUUUGUGGUCCUGCUUGGCUCUUUGACGUUGGUCAUCCUGUGUUGCUAGAUAGUGUCGGGGUUGCGUUCAUUGAACGCCGCCUUCCUAAUUGAUCUUGUUUUCCACAUUUUUCUGAAAUUUGUCACCUUGCUAUCUGUAUCUUGCGCUGAUCUCCAACAUCUAGAACGACUAGAUCUAAUACUCUUUUGGAGGACUCGCCUAUACGGGCAACUGAUGGCGAGUAUUUAGAAACUCAAUUACACACAAUAUUACAUGCUUUUCUGUGGUUUAUAGAAAUAUAUCAGUGAUAUAAAACUGAUAAUUUCACUGUUUUGAAUUUAAACCCUUACUUUAUUUCAGUGAAAUACCAGCGUGCAUAGUACUGGGAACAAACUAAAUGACGUGACGUCGUAAAUGACGUCACGUUGUAUUAUUUUUUGGCGCACUUUUCAUUCAGUAUUAGGUUUAAUGUCUUUUUAAAAGGUUUUUUUGCAUAUAAUAAAAAGAAAAUUUGUUUAGUUUAGUGUAAGAUCGAAAUAUAUUUCACCUUGUGAACACCAAAAGUUCAUAUUUCACUCGUGGCUGCGCCACUCGUGAAAUAUACCUUUUGGUGCUCACUCGGUGAAAUAUAUUCCGAUCUUACACUGAACUAAACAAAUAUCCUCUAUAUAUUCUCUCAGUUUUCACACAC